AUGAAACUAGGACAGCUCUCCCCCACGAAGGGUCUUCUGGCACCACCCAAGACAUUUCAAAAUGGCGACGAUAAGAACUCCCGCUCACGCUCGUCGAGCUUUUCGCGGAUAUUUUCAUCCAGUGACAGCUCACCGCGCCGAAAGGCGCCGCCACUCGAAGAGAUAUCAACUGCGGCGAUCCCGCCAGAGCUGGUGCCCAUCGUAACGCUUCUGUCGGCCCAGGCACACAGACGAUACCACGAAGGCGUUUUCCUGGUUCUCAAGGACCUUAACAGCGAUGGUUCCCCAGCUGCACGUACUUGGAAAGAAGUGUAUGGUGUUCUUAUAGGAACCCAACUGGCCCUAUGGGAUGCUCGCGUCUUGGCCGAAAAUGGCGACAAACCCGAUGAACUCAUGAAGGCCACUUCAAAGCCCACUUAUAUCAAUUUUACGGACGCUUCUUUCCGUCCUCUGGAUCCUAAAGAGGCCGUUAUUGCAGAUGGCAAAAAGCAGCUCCAAAAUACAGUAGUAGUGUCUACUACGCUGAAGAAUAGAUAUUUUCUUCAAUUUAGCGAUAAAGAAGCCUUCGCUAAUUGGCACGCUUCAUUUAGGCUAAGUGCUUUCGAGUUUACUGCUCUUCAAGAGGCUUACACAGGGGCUUUCCUAUCUACAAAGGGUGCCAAACUCGGAGACAUCAGAGUUAUCCUUGCGGAGACAAAGUUUGAUUAUGAGGAUUGGGUAAGCGUUAGAUUCGGUGCCGGGAUGCCUUGGAAACGGUGUUACGCCGUCAUUUCUCAGCCAACUAAAAAGAGCAAGAACAAGCGUAUAUGUGGUGAGAUUAACUUCUUUGAGAACGAAAAAAAGACUAAGAAGGUGCAGGCUAUGACAACCGUUAGUGAUGCAUCUGCCGUAUAUGCAUUAUAUCCUUCCUCGCCGGUGCUCAUCGAUACUUCCACCAUGAUCAAGCUCGAAGGUCAAAUUUCCUUCGGAAAAAAAGACACUCCUAAGCCUACUGACAUCUUUAUCAUGCCCGAGAAGCAUCAUGCUGUGCCUGGGUACGAUACUAUUAUUCGUUUCUUGAUACCGACAAUGAACGCCUUUCAGCUUUACGGGAGGCCGAAGAGAUUGAUUGCAGACAGACAUGAUUUGAACUCUUUGCUGUUCGCUCUACCAACUUUGCCACAUGUUCAUUUUCUGCAAAAGGAAGAUGUUAUGCCUUUAGCCGCUUCUUCCUCUAACAUGACUUGGUCGGUCAUAGAGUGGCGAGAUCGUAUCAAAAGUAUUCUUUCGAAGAAGGUCAAUUCUGGCUACACUGGUUGUGGCUCUAGCGAAGGUUUGGAUGGUGCCCUUGCAUCGCCUGCCAUUGGUUCUAAUGAAUUAUUUGAUAGUACUCCUUUACAAACGUCACCGUUGUUGGCGUCCGUAUCAAGAUUUCCUUCAGAAACGAAGCCCUCCAAAGCUGGCCUGAGAAGCGCCUCCUCCAAUUCGCGAGGUACUAAUUUGCUACAUGGCGUUUCUCACGCCGAGGAGAGUUUGGCAUCGGAGAAAAUAGAUUCGAGUUAUUCUUACCGGGUUGCGGACAAUGAGCCUACGGGCUUUAUUGCAAGCCCAGCGGAAUUGGGGGAAACUAAAACAGCUAAGCCUAUCAUCGAAAUUCAGCAUUCCAAUUUUGACGGUUUAGAAAGGACGGCAAAACCGAGUGCAGGAGAUGCAUCUGCGUCAAGAAAAUCCGAGCUUUCAACAAUAUAUGACAAAUACUCACAAGUACCAUUUGGAACCUCAGAACACGAGCUGCCCCACCUGAAUAUUGACAAGGAAUAUCGCAAUUCUGUAGGAGCCUAUGAAGAUUAUAUGGGUUCUCCGAAAGUCAGGAAUCUGGAUAUUUCAAAUCUGAGAGACUCAAACAGUACAGACCAAACAGAUUUUUCUCGAGCCUUGCACGUUCCAGGGGAAGUCGGAGGAAGGAGCAACACCAACAGCUUUCAUUCAGACACUAGAGAUUCACAUGAGACAGGUUCUGUCAAAGAUGACGUUUUAGAGGAUUUUUACAGCUUGUCACAACAGAUUUCUCAAAUGGGCCUGGAGAACAAAGGUCCCAGUGGUGUUGAUUCUUCGCAGAAAGAAAUAGCAGACGACUUCAAUUUUGAGAAUUUGGGAAAUGGUUCGAGCUCUCUUGACAACGUCUUCGAUCCUGAUUACUUGGAGCAAAAUCAAAUGUUGGAUGACGAAAGUCAUUACACAAACAAUGAAAGUAAAUUCCAGUACGGAAGCGACAAUUUAAGUCAACAAUCAUUCACUGGCGCUAGAGUAGAAACUGCUAGAGGCCCGGCCAACUUUGAUUCGCACAGCCGCGUGGGACAAACCGCUGGAAUUGAGCAGUCCCAGAUGCUACCAAAACAAAGAUCAGGAAACAAGGUGGUGACACCUACGUCUCAAAAAUUUUAUCACCAGAAUCAAUUGAACGUCAAUGGUCCUAACGGUGGUUCGGCUGAGAGGCUGAUGAACAUGAAGCACUCUCCUGUCUAUGCUAAUUUGAAUGCUGCCGGUGCCAACGAGGACAGUGGAUCGCCGCUGCGGAGUAAGCAAUCUGGUUCAUCUGCUCCCGCCAGUACGGGGCAAAAUCGUCGCCCAGUGCCUCGCGGAACGCCAAUGGGCAUGCCUCAGCAGCCUCCAGUAUCUCGCCAGAUGCCAAUGCCGCAACAAGUGCCAAUGUCCCAGCAGAUGCCAAUGCCGCAACAAGUGCCAAUGUCCCAGCAGAUGCCAAUUCCCCAGCAAGUGCCAAUGCCGCAACAAAUGGGUUACGGUCCAAGAGUGUAUUCACCUGUGCAACCGGGGGGUAUGGCGAAUGCUUACAACCGUCCAGGCCCAUCCAACUCUGGUCCCGCUCCACCUGGAGCCCAUAUCAUGUAUCAAAGAGGUCCCGCGUAUGGUUCUGUGCCGCCACCCAACAUGAAAAAUUCGCGCCCUGCUGUUCAGCAUCCUCCUCCUGUAAACCCUGUGAAGCAAAAGCCUCGCACCGCGAUGACUGGUGGGUUUUCCCAGUUCAUGCCAGCCACCGCCAAUAAUCCCAACCCGUACAGCGCUAAUCCGUAUCAGCAAUGA